UAUUUCCGGCCGUGGCGCGCGGGCGGAAAGUUUUUGCAGACGGACUGUGCCGGCGAUGGGCGCGGGCAUUUCUCCCUUUAUAGCUGUCUGUUUGCAUGCUGAUUGGAAACAGUGGGAUCGUUUUCAUCAUGCCUACAGUGGUGGUAAUGGAUGUAUCCCUUUCCAUGACCCGACCUGUGUCUGUGGAGGGGUCCGAGGAAUAUCAGCGCAAGCACCUAGCAGCCCAUGGUUUGACCAUGCUUUUUGAGCACAUGGCCACAAAUUACAAGCUUGAAUUUACAGCUCUGGUGGUUUUUUCAUCACUCUGGGAGCUGAUGGUUCCCUUCACAAGAGAUUAUAACACCCUACAGGAAGCACUAAGUAAUAUGGAUGAUUAUGACAAAACCUGCUUGGAGUCUGCAUUAGUUGGUGUUUGCAAUAUCGUUCAGCAAGAAUGGGGCGGUGCAAUUCCUUGCCAGGAAUGCUACAUGACUGAAUGUCAGAAAUUAUAAAAGUAUGUACUGAAAA